AUGUGGCCUCAUAGCCAAUGCGCUGCAUUUGUCCACAAUAAUGUUAAGCGGUUCAACAACUCAUUGGCAGCUUCGUAUCCAGUAAAAACUUGCCAGGGAAAUCAAUCCCUUAAAGGCCAGCCGAAUGUCAACGAACCUGUAACGUGCCGUGAAGAGUUCGCAAUGGUUGUCAAAUCCACCCUUGCCGCUACGGUUGGGCGCCCUAUACGAUUGGUAUACAGUGGUGAAGUAGAUGCCAUUAACAAAGAUGGAGAUCCAAUUGAGUUGAAGACACAGCGCCAUGCUCUUGAAGGGACCUUUUGGAAGCAAAAGAGCAUGAAGUGGUGGUUACAAUCAUUUCUUAUUGGCAUUCGAGAUAUAGUCGUUGGGUACCGCGAUGAUGACGGAAUUGUGACAAAGCUGCGAGAGUUAUUGGAAGAAGAUGGUGAAGCAUGUCUGGUUCGAUAUGAACAAAAUCGUGAUGAAAUUACGAUUCAUUCCACUCCACUGCCUGAUAUCGAUUUCUUUACGUAUGCUUUUCGUGUCCAUUUCAAUCUGGAAUAG